GAGAACUCCAGUCGAUAGGGGGCGGUAGAGCGGCCCGGAGUUGCCCGCGAACAGCAGGUCACACACAAAGAAGAAACAACUGUCUGUCCUGUUGCAACCAUUCAUUUCAGUGCUGGAGGACUGACUGAACGUGUUGGGGAAGUUUGUGGCGCACGUCGCUCCAGGUAAGUGCUCGUUCAUUGGCAUUAACGUUUUACAUCCGUAAUUUUUAAAACAUUUGGAUACGAAUCUAACAGUAGUCUGAGGAUAGCUGCUCACUAGCUUCGUGGACUGAGGUUUCUUGGUCAGCUCGUUGUAGAGUAAGCACUACGGUACUUUUUGUACAAGCAAGGUGACAGGAUGACAUGCAGUUAACAAAUGUAAGGAGUUAGACUCAAAGCAUUUACGUACAUGGUGAAAUAUAGUUAAUUUAAGGCUUACAUUUUGAGUGUGUGUCAUGCUAUGUCGAGCUAAAUCCCUGAACACUGUAACAGAAAUGAUUUAUGACCUUAAAGUUGAAGUUUGGCUUUUCUUGACCAACGCACUGAAUAAUGUUCAUAAAUGAGAUACAUGAGAUCAAGCCUUUAACACUUAAUCAUCAUUCUUCAUACCAGUAAACUCAGAUAUUGUCUUAUUGUUACUCUGCUAUAAAUCCCCAUGUGUAUAACUAACUCAUUUGUUGUUAUCUUUGGCAGGAAAUAUUCCACUACUUCUCAGAAACUCAAAAAUCUGCAGUGUGUUUAUUCAGCGCUGAGCUGCUGUUUAGAGAAGCAGCAUCAUGCAUGCCUGAUCACUUUUAAUGGUGACUGAGCUGAGUUGAAAUCCAAAAGGCUUAAAGUUUGGCUUUGCUGGUGAACUAUCAAAACAGAGCCUUGCCCUCCUACCUUUGUUAUUUUCCUGUGCUUUCUCAACCUGACUCUCUUUCUAACCCUCUGUGUCUCCCAGGGUAAAGAUGCAGACACCAGCUGAAUCCAUCCUCCACAGUGGCUAUUUCCACCCAACACUUCGACACUGGCAGACAUGUGCUGCGGACUUAAGACCUGACAAUCUUAUCUACCCAAUCUUCAUCACGUAAAUGCAAUUUGUCUGUUUCUCGCAAUAAACAUGAACAACGGAGGAGGAAAAACGGAACAUGAUCUUCUCCAUAAUAAUCCUGUUUUUGUUAUGAUCUGCUGCAGAGACAGUGAGGAUGCAGUGGAGCCCAUUGGCAGCUUGCCUGGACAAGCGAGGUAAGAGUCAUGGCGGCACAACACAAACGUAUACAUUACAUUUAUACUACACAAACACACAGAGCCACACCACAACUGUGAUCCCACUGAGGGUGUUGUCUUCUGAUAAAGGCAGUAAAGCAGGGUGGACCCAGAUCCAAGCGCUGGACCUGGACCAAGAUAAGAAGAAAAUCCGUUAUAUCUAUAUUCCUCGAAAAAAUAAAAACCAAAUUUUUGUUUGAAACUGUAUUUGUGUUUUACAUUUCUAUUCUAUUCACUGGUGUUUCUAACUUCUUAAACAUGACUCGUGUUAACAGAUUAAUAUUCACCCCCAAAGAUUCUCCUACACUUGAUAUUUACUUCUCUGUUGUGCUGCGCUUAUCCUAUAAUAACCAAAAAGCAUUAAUAUAAUGUUGUUGUAAUUUUAAGUGACUUUUACAUUUGUUAAAAUUUGUCCUUAAAGCCCUAAUUUUUGUCUCCCACCACUUUUGAUUUCUGUGUCACUAAUAGAUAUGGUGUCAACAAGCUGGAAGGCAUGUUGAAGCCGCUUGUGGAAAAUGGACUGAAGUGUGUGCUGAUUUUUGGUGUCCCUGCAAAAAUCGCAAAGGUAUGUAAAGCUACAAGUGAGGAGAAAGACUUUACAAACACUCAGAUUGAAAUGUGUUUAUGUUUGGAAACAUAAUAUGAAGAUAUGAUUUCUUUCAUAGCAAAGUUUUUUGGACCAGGAGAUGAAUUCCUGCUGUGUUAUUAUUAUUAUUUUUGCGUCUCUUCCUGGUAGGAUGAAAGAGGUUCAGGUGCUGACACAGACGACACACCGGCCGUCCUGGCGGUUAAGAAGAUCAGGUCUUUGUUCCCAGAGCUGCUGGUGGCGUGUGAUGUCUGCUUAUGCCCCUACACAUCACAUGGUCACUGUGGUAAGUGUCUCUUUAGAUGGUUUACCUUAUGUUCAUUUCUCAUGCAGAGCAAUAGUAAAUGAGAUAAACUAUUUGCCACACAUAUUUUUUUUAAAAAGUUUUAUUUCCUCUUUGUUAUUUUUUUCUGGCAGGUAUCUUGAAUGAUGAUGGGACUCUGAACAAUGACGCCAGCUGCCUGCGUUUGGCAGAAGUGGCGCUGGCCUACGCCAGAGCUGGUAAGUCUUGCUGCUUUGUUUUGAAUCGUUGUAGGCCGUGAAGCAUGACAGUACCUUUCUUUCUUCUUUUGUGAACUCAGGACUAGAUGCACAACUUAGAAACAAAGCUUUGUUCUUUUUCGUCCUUUUAGGAAUGCUCAUAUCAGCACUCACAGGUUCUGUCACAUUUUCCUUUCCUGGUCAGACUCCUUUGUUUUAAAAUUUUCUUUUCUCAACGAACAUAUACCGUAUUUUUUGCACUAUAAGGCACACCUGAUUAUAAGGCGCACCAUCAUGUCCAUAUAGAUUCUCAUUCAUCCAGGUCAUGGUUUUCUUGAAAACUUAAAAACAGGCAACUGGAGUUCUCAACUCUACACAGCCCAGUUGCCUGUUUUUAAGUCUUCAAGGAAGGCGCACCAUCAAUGAACACGUCUAUUUGCGUCUAUUUUCAUACAUAAAGUGCACCGGAUUAUAAGGCGCAUUAAGCCAAAGAAAACAGUCAGAUAAGUCAAACUAUAUUUAACUCAUCCAAUAACUCUGCAAGGCUACGGUAGCUGCAGUGCUCCGACAAGCCAAAAGGAUUUGAAGUGCGCCUUAUAGUGCAAAAAAUACGGUAAAUGAAUCUUGCUCGAUAUUUACUAAAGGGUUGUUAUUAGUGAGGGAUGGGGGUUGUUAAUACCUAUUGAUACCAUUAUUGAGCCUCCUUAGUGAUGUGAGUCCUUAUCAAGUCCAUUAUUGAUACUUUUCUGUUAUUGGAUGGAAAGAAAAUAGGGGUGAGAGAAAAAAUCAAUUCAUAUAAGUACCGUGGUUUUUUGUUUUACAAUUUCUAAAAACGAUUUUAAGUCCAAAAAUUGAUUUUUCUUUUUUUUAAAUUGAAGAAUAAAUCUUAAAAACUGACUUACAUGUGAUGUGUAUUUUUUAGGGAAUUAUGGUUCCUGGAAUAGUCAGUAGACAAUCAUAAUUAUUCAACUGUUUCACUGGUGUUAAAAAUGCAGACUAAAGAUCGAGAAAAUCGACAAUUUUGUGGAACCGCAAUUUAAAUCACAUCCAAAAAAUUGUAGAAGAAUCGAAUCGAGAGAAAAGCAUAUCGUCCCAGCCCUAAAAGAAAAGGUGAUGGGCUAAUACAGUUCUAACAGAUUUGGUGGCUUUUGUUUCUCAACAAAUGACUGUUUCUGUAUAGAAUGAUCAUUUCAAUACAUUAAAUAUAGCUGAUGUGACAUGAACCCCUUUAAUAUAACAUACAAGUGCAAAUAGUAAAAAUGAAGACAUUUUAUUACCAUCGCUUAUUAGUCAUUUUGUUGGCCUGACCUUGAAGAUAUCACAUGAUAAAUAUAAAUCUGUGGCACAAAUCAUAACUUUGCACCGUCACUGAUGUUGCCCUGGUUACGUGUUGCAGGCUGUCACAUCAUCGCUCCCUCGGACAUGAUGGAUGGAAGAGUCAGAGCCAUAAAACAAGCCCUCAUAUCCAGUGGUUUGGGGAAUAAGGUAAAGUUUGUAGGCUGUAGGUUUACUCAUGGCCUUGUGGUUGAAGCGCCCCAUGUCUAGAGGCUGUAGUCCUUGUUGCAGCAGUUGCUGGUUCGACCCUUUGUUGCAUGUCUUUCUUCACUCUCUACUCCCCACAUUUUCUGUCUCUCUCAGCUGUCCUAUCUAAUAAAGGCAAAAGGCCACCAAAAGAAUCCAGUUAUUCCUUUUUUAAAUUUUUAAUAGACUAUGACAGUAAAAUAUGAUUUUUAGGACAGAGUUUUAAGAGAUUUAAACACAAUAAGACUGUUUUAAAAUGAGCUUCUUUGCAUUUGCCUCUUACCUUCUCCAGGCUUCAGUGCUGAGCUACAGUGCAAAGUUUGCCUCCUGUUAUUACGGCCCUUUCAGGUGAGUUAAAGCUGCAGGAUCAGGUUUAAUCAGAUCAGUAAAACAGCUCUUUGCUGUCAGACUCCACUGAGGCUCCCCUGCUGCGAUUUCCCACAGAGACGCUGCUCAGUCCAAACCUGCGUUUGGAGACAGACGCUGUUACCAGCUGCCUCCUGGAGCCAGAGGACUCGCAAUCCGCGCUGUUGUGAGUAGAUGUGUGUAUGUGUGGGAACUUUUUGUUUACAGGUGUAUUUUGGAGAAAGUUAAAGGGGAUGUUAUUGUUUUUUUUGUGCUGCAGGAACGAGAUGUGAGAGAAGGAGCUGACAUGCUGAUGGUGAAACCAGGUCUACCAUAUCUGGACAUUGUAAGAGAGGUGAAGGACAAGGUCAGUUUAGAUAUGAAAGGACAAAACUUCAACAGUGCAGUGUGGAAACAUGCGUCAUUGAGAAAACUAUCCUAUAAAAACAUAAUUUUCAAAUAUUAUUUUGCCUUUUGGAGGAAGUGUGGUAAAUCACCUUGUUUCCCUCGGGUCUCUUUUAGUUCCCCACUCACCCGCUGGCGGUGUACAACGUGUCAGGGGAGUUUGCCAUGUUGUGGCAUGGAGCGCAGGCGGGAGCGUUUGACCUGAAAGUUGCUGUGAUGGAGGCCAUGACUUCUUUCCGCAGAGCAGGUGAGCAGGAAGGAAGUGUGAGGGAGGAGUUCAUGCAGAGAACAUAUAAACACAUAAAGAUCAUGUCCAAACAAAACUGAACUUUCACUCCUACACAUUCACGAGGCUGCAUAACAUGUUCAGACAUCAGCUGGUGGAGGAAACUGUGAGAGCGCAAAUAUGUUUAUAUCAUGGGUAUGUUCAUUAAUAGAAAAUAGUCUAAUAAAUGAUUACAUUUUAUCAUAACUUCCCCCUCAGAACACUCUGCCCAGGUGCCUUCCAUCAUAUAGAGAUGAUAUGAUUCGCUACAAUACAAUAUGAUGUGAUAUAGUACAACAUGAUACCAUAACAUACAUCAUGAGACAGUUUGUAAGCAGGGUCAAGUAACACAUGUAGAAACCAGGAGACACCAGCUGGAUAUAAUAUAAGUUAAGUUAACAUGCAUAGUUGUGAGUCACCAAAAGGACUGAACAAAAUGACGGUAUUUGCCAACCUGUGAUUCGGAGCAGUCUGCUUGCUGUCUGGAAUUUCCGAGAGCUGCAGGUGUGACUGAGAACAGCACAGAGCAGAGACACACAUGUUUGUGUGAUUAUUUCUGUAUCUUAUUCCACUGAUUCAUUAUAAAGUCAGUUAACAAGUUUCUGCUGCUGAUGUGUUGGCACUCUGGGUCUGUUUUCACUCUCCACUGGUGACACUAUCUGUCACCAGUCACUAUCUGAUUGGCCAGAUGUCACUAAACAAUGUGACAUUGAAAGUGUAUCUGGUUAACUCUUAACUCCUGGAUAUGAUGUUGAAAGUUUCUGUUUAGAUUUUCUCAAGAUGUUAAAAGUUAGUGUUGGAACUUGUACUUUUUAAAAAUUCUUAAUUCUGACAGAAACUUUCUGUAAAUGCAUAUCCAUUUUAUUGUAAAUGUAUAUCAUUUAGUUGCCCCCCUGGCAUGGAGGAUGACGGGUAUGAACAACUGCAGCAAACAAAAGUAAAUAACUGUGUAGAGUUGUGACUUUCUUAAUGAGUUCAUUGGAAAAUAACACCAGAUCUGUUAGAUUUACAACUGUCUUUACCUGUAGCUCGAGCUCUCCCCUUCUUUUCCUGGGAUGGUCAUUUAUCUCAUGAAUGAAGGAAGUCUCGGCAUCUUAAAAAGCAGAAUGUAAUGGCAGAACAGCGGCUAGUAACGAUGAAAAGGUCAGCAGGGCUUGUAAGUCGUCAUUCAUGUUGAGUUAGCUACUGCGAGCCGAUCCUGACAGCAUGUUUUCUUCCAGGAAAAGCUCACAUGACAGGGCAGUGAUCAGUCGGCAAAGCACUAACUGACUAAUUAGACCUAAUCGCCAUUAACUUCUAUCUGCAUGUGAUUGUCGUUAUCAGUAGAUGUCAGUAACAUCUGACUUGUUCACCAUGUUUUUCUGCUUCCUGUAUCACAGGUGCUGACAUCAUCAUCACCUAUUACACGCCUCAGCUGCUCAGCUGGCUGAAGGAGUGAAGGACAGAGAUCUGAGACCAAAGGAUGGAUGGACCUACAGACGGAUCAACAGUCUGACCUGAAGAGUAGAAACCUGCUGUUGAGUCAGUCGUACUAACAAAACAGCACUAAGGGAAAAGGGUAUUAAAAGAACAAUCUAUCAAGUUAUUCUAGGCCUUUAACUGUUCAGUUUCCAGGUUAUAAAGCUUAUUUAGCUGGGCACCAAUGCUAGCUAUUAUCUUUUUCAAAUAGAGUCAUGUAUUCAACUUAUAACUAAAGUUAACCUUCUGAAGGGCUACCAUAGAGCUGAACGCUGAGAAUGUGAAUGUAGACAAUCUUGUUGAUGUUUCCUAAAGGAAAGUGUCUUUUUGUGUCACUGGGAGAAAUGAAGUCGGUCGCCUCUCUAAACUAAUGUGAUGAUAGAGAGUGUAUUUUUAUGCAUUAUAGCCAAACAGAUUUCUGACAUUCAUGCUGCUGUAUGAGCUGCAAGCUUUAGCACUGUCCUCGCCUAACAAGCUCUUAUUUGCUGAAAAUAAAAUUCUUAAUUCAGAG